GGUCGCAAAAAGAUUCAUCGUCUCCCUCGUCUGAAAAUUCAAUAAAAGCAAUUGAUGAAGGUGUCUUCAAUGCAAAAAGUGCAAGGUUUAGUUCACCCUACUCCUCUUGUACUUUCCAGUUCAAAGGGAUUCUGCUGUGAACAAUUUACAACCAAAUUUUGAACAAAGUUCUUGUCUUCGUCUUCCUUUAAAACGAGUACACAUGAUUAAAAGAGCUGAGUUUUCAAAGGCUGCUUCUAGCAGCAAAGGUUCUGAGCAUUCCUCAGUGAUAAAUUCGUGUAAUGGAUCAGUCGAAAGCCAAAACCCUUUGAGUUCUGAUGCAUCAAACCUUGUUCCUGAUGAGCAAUCUCCAGCUGUUGGUCAUAACAGUGGUCUUGUUGUUCGCGGAUCUCGGGGUCUGCAUCGUAACCAAAAAUCAAGCUCGGUAGGUUUUGAAGGAAAGGGAAAAGCUGAAACAAAGUACAGUGAUGAAGGCUUGUUAGAAUCUUCUUCCGUAUGCUCUCUUGGAGCCUCAAACAACAGAAACGUCUGUGGUAGGAAACAUGAUGACAUCGAUGACUCGGUGCAGAACUAUGAAGAAGCAGAAGAUGUAGUGAAGGAAAAGCCUGCUCGGGAAGGCACAGGAGUGAAGAGAAGUAGGAAUGCAGAAGUUCAUAAUUUGUGUGAAAGGAAACGAAGAGAUAAGAUAAACAAGAGGAUGCAUAUAUUGAGGGAGCUCAUACCCAACUGCAACAAGACUGAUAAAGCUUCAAUGCUUGAUGAUGCCAUUGAAUAUCUUAAGACCCUCAAGCUUCAGUUACAGAUUAUGAAAAUGGGUGGCGGAUUUUGCAUGCCUUUUAUGAUGUUACCUGGUCAUGGUAUGAUGAACGCACCCCAUUUGCAGCAGUUAAUGGGAGUUGAAAUGGGGUUAAGGUCAGGCACAACCAUCCCUUGCAAUCUGCCUCAGUUCGCUACGAUACCUUUGCCUGCAAUCACUGACAACAGAGUUCAUAUGUUCCGUUUCCCAAACCAAGUUCCGACCAUGCCCAUUUCUCAUGCAUCGUUCAUUCCAAUGGUUGGAAAUCCUCGUAUUCCAACCGGCACAGCUACCAACAUGGCUGAAAACCCUUCCCACCAGUUAACUACUCUAUUGGCCUCACUCUCCAAGAACUCAUAUCUUAAUGGACAAACUGAACUUGCAACAAAACAACCAUUGAAUCAGGUUUUCCCUCACCAGUAGCCAUUUGUUUGUACUAACCAUGACCAUGUCGAUUCACAUAAAUAUGGUGGGAUCGGGGUAACUUUCAGCAACUGCACUCUGACUUUAACAGUUGGAUAAUUUAUUGCUUUGAAGCACACUGAUGGAAAUGGCCAUUGGAAGCGUCUAUAUUAAAGUAUCGUUCUUAGUUAUCAUCAGAUAUUAUUUUGUGAGAAUCAUUGAAAUUAAUUAAG